AUGCAGCUUCGUAGUUGGUUGCUAUGGGUGUGUCUGUGGUUGCUAAGCAUCACGAAGGCUUGGACAGCGACCUUCAGGCUGGCUCUUAUUGGUCCAUGGUCGUGUGACCCCAUGUUUUCCCGGGCGAUGCCGACGGCUGCGGCCAACCUGGCAUUGUUACGGUUACGGAGCGACAGUCGUAUGAGCAGAGGAUAUUGGUACGAUGUGAAACUGCUGGAUGAGGACUGCUCCGCCUCCAAAGCUCUGACAGAACUUGGACAGAUGGAGGGUUAUGGCCACGCCUACAUCGGACCCUUUAACCCUGCCCUCUGUCACGCCGCCUCCUUGUUGGCUCAGCACUGGGAGGCUGGGCUUGCCUCUCCGGGCUGUCUGGAUACUGAUUGGCCGAACCUGCCGCCCAUCACUCCUCCCAGCAGAGUCUUGUUCAGUGUACUCAGGUUUUUCCGCUGGGCACACGUCGGCGUUGUCUCAGCUCCGUCCAACCUCUGGGAGAGCACUGGGCAUGAAGUGGCUUCAGCGCUCCGGGCUAUGGGCCUGCCGAUUGGUCCAGUUGUUACCAUGGAAACUGAGAACAAUGAUGGAGCACGGGAGGCACUGAGAGCGAUCAAAGAAGCCGACAAGGUCAAAGUGGUGAUCAUGUGUAUGACAUCUGUCCUGAUUGGUGGAGAGGAUCAGCGAGAGCUACUAUUGGCUGCACUGGACAUGGGGAUGGUUUCCGACGGUUAUGUGUUUAUACCGUAUGACGCCCUGCUCUAUGCUAUGCCAUAUCAGGACACAGUUUUCCCUCAGCUUACCAAUAGCACUCAGCUUCGUCAUGCCUACAGCUCUGUUCUGACUGUCACCAUGGCAUCUGAUCAAAGUUUCUAUGAAGCUUUUCGUCAGGCUCAAAUCAGCCGAGAGAUCCGGUCUGCUGUCGCUGCAACUGAGGUGUCUCCAGUCUUUGGGACCAUAUUUAACAUGGUGUACUUCGUUGCUAAGGCAGUGGAGGAGCGUCGUCAAGCAGGGGGCGGGCAUUGGGUGACGGGUGACCAGCUUGUUCAAUCAAAUGGAGGCUUUGAUUUCCAGGGCUUCAAUCAGGUGUUGUAUGGAGGUAAAGAGGGGCGUGGCCUGCAGGCCAGGUAUGUGGUGUUGGACAGUGAUGGUGACCAACUCGUGCCGACACACUCAUUCGCUCCAACACACAUGGAUGGGACGAUCGGAGGUCUGAGACCACUGAGCCGCUCCUUCAUCUUCCCUGGAGGAAAUCCCCCCAAAGCCAGUUUCUGUUGGUUCAGUCCAGAGGAGGCCUGCAGCGGGGGUGUAGACACGGCAACAAUGUUUUUUGUCUUCCUGUUGCUCUGUGCUCUGAUUGGAGUAUUUUUAUACUGGAACAGGUACAGGAAGUACAGGGGAGCAGCAAACAUCACCAAACUGAUUAUGACUCUGGACGACAUCGUCUUCAUCGACACUCAAGUCAGCAGAACGAAACUGAACGAUGAGUCGAUCAUGAGGAGUCUUCUAGAAAUUAAAACUCCGUUCCGCUCGAUUGCUCGAAGUUACAUCUUGACUACACCUGAGAGCUCCAACAUAGGAAUACUGGAGGGCGACUGGGUUUGGCUGAAGAAGAUUCCUGUUGGAAAGAUGAUGACAAGUGUCAAUCAAAGCACCCAGAGGUUUUUCAGCCAGUUGCGGGAGAUGCGACAUGAGAACCUGAACCUGUACCUGGGUCUGUUCCUGGACUCUGGGAUCUUUGCUCUGGUGGUAGAACAUUGUCCUCGAGGAAGUCUGGCUGACCUGCUGGCCAACAGCAACAUAAGGCUGGACUGGAUGUUCAAGUCAUCCCUGCUCAUGGACCUCAUCAAGGGGAUGAAGUACCUUCAUCUACGAGGUCUGAGUCAUGGUCGACUCAAAUCUACAAACUGUUUAGUCGACGGACGUUUUGUUCUGAAAGUCACUGACUACGGCCUUCCCAUGAUCCUUCACUCUCAGGGCCUCAGCACUCCUGAGGACCCACAAGAGCUCCUGUGGACAGCUCCGGAGCUUUUGAGGAAUCCGGUCCAAGGAGGUUCGUUUGCUGGAGACGUCUUCAGUUUCUCCAUCAUCACACAGGAAGUGAUCUCACGAAUGCUGCCAUACGCCAUGAUGGACAUGCCUGCCCACGAGAUUGUAGAGCGUCUGAAGCAGCCCCCUCCUCUCUGCAGACCGGUGGUUUCGGUGGAUGAAGCUCCGGCCGAGUGUCUCAGUCUAAUGAACGAAUGUUGGAAUGAAGAUCCGAGUAAGAGGCUGAGCUUCGACGACAUUUUCAAACAGUUUCGGGGCAUUAACAGAGGGAAGAGGGCGAACAUCAUCGACUCCAUGUUGCGGAUGCUGGAGCAGUACAGUUCAAACCUGGAGGAUCUGAUCCGAGAACGAACUGAUGAACUAGAGGUCGAGAGAAACAAAACAGAGAAACUGAUCGGACAGCUCCUGCCUAAGUCGGUAGCUCAGGCACUGAAGAAAGGGAAGCCCGUCCAACCAGAACAUUACUCAGACUGCACUCUGUACUUCAGUGACAUCGUCGGAUUCACCACCAUCUCUGCUCUCAGUGAACCCAUCGAGGUGGUGGACCUGCUGAAUGACCUCUACACCAUGUUUGAUGCCAUCAUUGCUUCUCAUGACGUCUACAAGGUGGAGACUAUCGGAGAUGCCUACAUGGUGGCUUCAGGUGUCCCCAACAGAAAUGGGAAUCAACAUGCAGCAGAAGUGGCCAACAUGUCUCUGGACAUCCUGCACUCGAUAGGAGCGUUCAAGAUCAAACACAUGCCAGAGAUCAAAGUCAAGAUACGGAUUGGACUGCACUCAGGUGCAGUGGUAGCAGGUGUGGUGGGACUCACAAUGCCCAGGUAUUGUCUGUUUGGAGACACAGUUACCACGGCGUCACACAUGGAAGCCAGCGGACUGCCCUACAGGAUCCACAUCAGUCUGUGCACAGUGAAGGUCCUGACCAGUCUCAAACUGGGAUACCACAUCGACACCAGGAAGGCACAGGUGAAGGGCUCGGAGGACACGUAUUGGCUGACUGGUCGAGAUGGUUUCACAAAACAUCUUCCUGUUCCUCCAGACCUGACCGGAGGGGCCAGUAACCAUGGUAUCAGUCUGGAUGAGAUUCCAGUUGAGAGACGACAAAAGUUUCUGGAACGACAGAAGAUGAUGAAAAAAUGAUGGCAAAACACACACACUACCUCAAGGACGACAUUUU